CUCUCAAUGCUAGCCGCCGGAGCUCGAGCUGAAUUCUUUCCCACUGAGCAUCAUGACAGUUGACAACGUCUUUCCACCGUGAUCCCUACAAACUCCAUCUGCACCACGACCAGCAGAACCCCAAUGUCUUCCACCGUCUGCCAUGGCAUGCACAACAGCAUCAUCCAGAACAUCCAAGCCGAUCUCGCCUGCGGCGUCACCAACACCACCCAUCCCCACGUAACCUGCUGCGUCAACGGCGACUACUGCCUCAGCAAUUCCAUCUGCGUCAACACCCGCCAGACCGACAACGAGGACUACUACUACGCCGCCGACUGCACAGAUGAGACCCUCAUGGAUCCCGCCUGCGGGACGCGAUGCGGCGGCCGCAACAACGCGCGCAUCACCUACACCGACGCAGGCCUAUGGGCAUGCUGCGAGAACUCGGCCGGGACGGUGAACUGCUCCAACCCGUCCGACGAGGUGUGGGCCGGCCCCGCGCCGUCGAAGCUCGCGACCAUCCAGUACCUUCCGUCCACAGCCUCCGGCACGCCAACUUACGCGGUCGCAACGGCCACCCACACGGUCGCAACAUCGACACAGUCGCACACGGGUAGCUCAUCGAGCAUCGGGGCCGGGGCGGCCGCUGGCAUUGGGGUGGGGACGGCGGCGGGGCUGAUUGCCGUCGCCGCGGUGGUUGCGGUUCUGUGCUUGCGGCGGCGGAGGUCGACCUCCUCACCGGAUGGGGUGGGCGGGUACAAUGGGCUUCAAGACGCGGGGUGGACACCACCACCGCCGCCGACGGAGAUGCAGGCGCGGCCGAUCUAUGAGCUGGCGCGGGAGGGGCCGCAUAUUGAGCUCGAGGCGCAGCAGCCCAAGUCGGUAUAGUUGUGUCUGGCGGUACUCUCUUUCUCUUUGGGAGGAUACAUUCCUGUCCACCUGGGUUUAUUUUAUUAUUAUCAUAUUCUGUCGAAUCGAAUUCGACACCUAUAAUC